GGGUCCCGUGGGUCCCGUGGGUCCAGCGGUCGCUAGGCUGCAGGCUGGGGCCCUGGUCCCCUCGGCCGGACUGGCAGAGAGUGGUGCAGGUAGCAGUGCAUGGCGGCAGCGCCCGGGCGCUCGUGGACUCAGGCGCGCAAUGCCUACGGCGCUAGAGAGGCGCUGAGGCGAGGCGUGGGCCGCCGGCCUGACCCGGGCUCGCAGCCCAACGGGCCGGUCCCCGAAGACGUCCGCGCCCCCGGCCGCCUGGCUCGGCUGCGUGGCCAGCUGCGGGCCGAGGCGGCGGCGCGAGCCGAGGCGCCGCGAAUGCUGCGGCUGGUGGAGCGCGCGGGCGCGCAGGCCGGGCCGGCGGGGGCCGGCGACAGGAGGGACGCGCGCAGCGGCGGCUCGGUGUGCUCGGUGUGCGGGGAGCCGCGCGGCGGCGCCACCUACCCCGCCGGCGUCCUGGAGGUGAGCGAGCGGCGGCUGGAGGAGGGGCUGGCGGCCGUGCGCGCCGAGCUGAGCGCGGGGCUCGAGGCGCUGCGCGCGGAGCUGCGGGCCGAGCUGGACGCCCUGCGCGCCCUGCUGCCGCCGCCGCCACCGCCGCCGCCGCCGCCCGUCCGCCGCGAGCCCCGCGGGCCCGCCCUGCUGCGGGCGCUCGGCACGGUGAACGCCUUGGUUUCGUCCUCGAGGGCCGUGGAGAACGGCUCAGACGCCCCCGCAGACGGCCUGGCGAACCGAGCCCCAGCCCGCAAGAACCACAAGAAGACUCCAGCGCCUCCAGCGGCUGCGCAAGGCAGCGGAGAUUGAGGGGCUCCGGCGACCCUGGCUGAUGGGCAGUCCUCCUCAGAUGCCGCCAGCUGACUCUGCCUUAGUUUGAGGGCCUGGCUUCAUUGCACCUGCUGUCUCUCACCAAAACCAGCCAACUCAGCGCCUCCUGCUGAGCCUGCUUCGCCGUAAGGACCGACCUCGGAAUCUCAACCAGGGUCAUUUCAAUUGGGCACAGUAACCCCCUUUGUUGGUCACCCAGGUUGUUUGUAAAAUAAAAUGUAAUUUCUAGUA